UUUUCUCUCCCAGUCCCUGUUCCUUUCUCCCAUUUCUCUUUGUACAAAUAUCAACCACUUCCCUCCCACAAUCCCGAACGAGCUGACCGUCAUUGCCCUCCACCUUCCUGUCUUUGUCCACCUUCCGCUACUUCUUACAUCAUAGAAAGCCACCGGUAUUUUCAUUAUCCUCAUAUUCCAAGUCUUACCCUCAGUCAACAUGUCUCCUCACAACGACUCAUCACCGGCCGGAAGCUUCACCAACGGCUUCAACAGAAUGGCCUUCCCACCCUCGGGGUCAUCCACUCUCACAGUAGAGGAUUUGACAGCCGAGCUGGGCAGCUCAUACGACAGCAGCUCCCUGGACGCGCCCAUCUCCCACGUCAAGCGACCCCUCGUCCCCGGCGUCUAUGUCCCGACCAUGUGCUUCUUUGAGAAGGAAACAGAAGAUGUUGAUACCGUCACCAUUGCUCGCCAUGCUGUUCGUCUAGCCCGUGCCGGCGUUACAGGCUUGGCUACUCAGGGUUCCAACGGAGAAGCCGUUCACCUAACCCACUCCGAACGACAAGUCGUCACCGCAACCACCAGAAAAGCGCUCAACGACGCCGGAUUUUCCCGUAUGCCUAUUAUUGUUGGCUGUGGCGCUCAAAGCACCAGAGAGACAAUCCUACUGUGCCGUCAAGCAUGGCAAGCUGGAGGAGAUUACGCACUGGUUCUUCCACCAUCCUACUACGCGCCUCUGUUCGCUCCCUCAUCCCAGACCAUCCUCGAGUUCUUUAACGCAGUUGCCGAUGCCUCGCCCAUCCCAAUCAUCAUCUACAACUACCCAGGUGCCGUCAAUGGCAUGGACAUGUCAUCAGAUAUCAUUGUGCAGCUUGCCCAGCACCCGAAUAUCGUUGGUGUGAAGCUCACCUGCGGCAACACCGGCAAGCUGAACCGUGUGGCAGCGGCUACUCGCAAGCUCUCAAAGAGACACGAUGCCAAGAAUCCCGAUUUCUUGGUUCUAGCGGGGUCUGCCGACUUUUCUAUCCAGGCCUUGGCAGCAGGUGGACACGGAAUUCUUGCUGGCCUCGCCAACAUUGCCCCCAAAGCAUGCAUCAAGACCAUCGAGCUCUGGAACCAGGGAAAGCACACCGAGGCUCAGGAGAUGCAGGAGAUUGUUUCGCAAGGCGAUUGGACUGCUAUCCAAGGCGGCGUUGUCGGAGUUAAAGCUGGAUUGGAAGAGUGGGCAGGUUACGGUGGCUACUGCAGAAGCCCUCUCCCGAGGCCGACUCCAGAGCAGUCCAAGAACUGGAAAGAUGGGUUCAAAGACUUGAUCAUGCUUGAGAAGUCUCUCUAAGCUUUUCCAGCUCACAUGAUCGAACAUUCUCGGUCAUCAACGAGCAUGGGCGGUGACAAUAUGGCUGAAACAAUCAGGAAUUCUUUCAUUUCCCCUUUUCGGCAAGCAAGCGAGACUGGUUAGCCAGUACCAAGCUCGUCUCCAUUUCUUCAUGAUUUUCAUUGUCUAGGCGUUUUUGAGGGGGUAUACAGGUCACUGCGGGUAGCAGAAAGAUGGGAAACCUCAAAAUAGAGAAUUCCUCGGCGUUGGGAUAGGGGCACACACAGC